GUUCCUCCUUUAAUACUUUGAUCUCCCUUCUGAUCUCUCUCUCUCUAGAAUUCUACAUCUUUCUCCUGAUUCUGCAAUUCCUUCUACAAAAGAAAGAGAAGGACUAGCGUAUAAGAAAUGGCUGAUGAGACUAAGCUUGGAGUUGGAGGAGGUUGUGGAAGGUUCCUUGAGAGCUCAAAACACUACAUUGCCAUGAUUGCUUUGCAGUUUGGAUAUGCAGGCAUGAAUAUUAUCACCAAGGUUUCACUCAACCAAGGCAUGAGCCACUAUGUCCUCGUGGUUUAUCGGCACGCCUUCGCAACCGCUUCCAUCGCUCCCUUUGUUUUCAUCUUUGAAAGGAAAGGUCAACCAAAGAUAACAUUCCCAAUAUUCAUGCAAAUUUUCAUCCUUGCUCUUCUUGGACCUGUGAUUGAUCAAAAUUUCUACUAUGCUGGGCUGAAAUUCACAUCCCCAACCUUCUCUUGUGCAAUGAGCAACAUACUUCCUGCCAUGACUUUUGUGAUGGCAGUUCUAUGCCGGAUGGAGAAGAUCAAUAUGAAGAAGGUGAGGUGUCAAGCAAAGGUGGUGGGAACCAUAGUGACAGUGGCUGGGGCCAUGGUAAUGACAUUGUACAAAGGUUCUGUUGUGGAGAUGUUGUGGACCAGACAUGCCCACUCUCACACCACCCAACACACUUCAACUUCUUCUUCCUCCUCCUCAGACAAACAAUGGUUCAUUGGCUCCAUCUUCCUUAUCAUUGCAACUUUUGCCUGGGCUUCCCUUUUUGUUUUACAAGCAAAAGCAUUGGAGACAUACAAGAAUCAUCAGCUGAGUCUAACAUCACUAAUAUGCUUCAUAGGAGCACUUCAGGCAAUUGUUGUUACUUUUGUGAUGGAACACAAGCCUUCUGUAUGGAAGAUUGGCUUCGACAUGAACCUGCUUGCUGCCGCCUAUGCUGGGAUUGUGACCUCAAGCCUGUCAUACUAUAUACAAGGACUGGUGAUCAAGAAGAAAGGUCCCGUCUUUGCUACUGCCUUCAGCCCUUUGAUGAUGAUUAUUGUGGCCAUCAUGGGCUCCUUCAUCCUUGCUGAAAAAAUUUAUCUUGGAGGUGUGAUUGGGAGCAUCUUAAUAGUUAUUGGAUUAUACUCUGUCUUAUGGGGAAAGCAUAAAGAGAGAGUGGAAAGCAAAGUGGCUGAAGCAGAAGAUAUAGCCUUAUCAAUGAAAGCCUCGAAAGUGAAUGCAAAUAUUAAUAAUAAUAGUAAUAGUAAUUUUGCAUCGGAUGGCAAACAAUUAAUUAAUAAUGCAGCAAAAUUAGAGAAAGCAGAAGAAUCCUUCAACAACAAUAAUUCAUCAGUUCUCAUCAGCAUGCCUCGCAGUACCAACCAAGAGCCAGAAGCUUAAUUACGUAAUUAAUUAAGCCGCUUGGAAUAAUAUCAACAGAGAUUUUAUUUUAUUCUCUGGGUGGGUUUUUAUUGAAUCUCUUUCAUAAUUGAAGGGAUCUUGGUUUGGUGUAUGAUCUAAUUAAGUUGCUGCAUAAUUUUGCAACAAAGUUUCAACUGAUUAUUAUAUCAUCAGUUUAUAAAAGCAGAAACAUGUGUCUUCUAUCUC